GUUUUUCUAUACAAUUUUAAAACACUGGGCCAAAACUACAAACUUUAAAUUAAGAACGAAAGAUUUUUCAAGGUUUACUACAAAAUGGAUGUGGUCACUUUCGGAAUCAUAGUCGGAAUCAUCAUUCUCUUCUUCUGCAUCGUCUGCUUCAUCACCAUUGAAGGCACCUGCUUCAACAAUCGCCGCCCUUCGUAGCUCUGCAUUUUGACGGAAAACUCUUUCCUUAAAGGUCAGAGAUGUCGUUCUCGCUGAGAGCCGUCGUGGUCCCGUUUCUGACUCUGGGGCUGUUUCUGGAUCUGUGCGUAGAAUCCGGGUUCUCUCAGUCAACGCCGGCGCGUGAGGAUCACGCUCAUCAUCACGGUGGUGGGUGUAGUCAUUCGCACGAUCACGACCACGAUCACCAUGUGAAGACGGAGCCGGUAAGGAUGAAGCUGCCCGAGGAGCUCGCCGAGGAAGAGGAUAUGAGGCUGUGUGGGUUUGGGCCCUGUCUUCAUCACCAUCACGAUCACGAUCACGAAUCAAGUUCUACUCUUACCGGAUUUGCAUUGUGGCUUAAUGCAUUGGGAUGCUCUCUUUUGGUUAGCUUGGCUUCACUCAUCUGUUUGGUUUUGCUGCCAGUUAUGUUUGUUCAUGGGAAGCCAUCAAAAUGGUUUGUUGAUGCGUUGGCUCUCUUUGGGGCAGGAGCUAUGUUGGGAGAUGCUUUUCUUCACCAAUUGCCUCAUGCUUUUGGUGGUGGUCACGCUCACUCUCAUGAGAGCCAUGACCAUCAUGAUCAUGAUCAUUCUCAUUCGGAUUCGCCAUCACACGCACAUUCUAUACAAGAUCUGUCGGUGGGGUUGUCUGUUCUCGCUGGGAUUGUGGUCUUCCUUCUUGUGGAGAAGUUGGUGCGGUACGUCGAAGAAAACUCGUCUGGGUUCAAUACUUGGGGCCAUCAUCAUCACCACCACCAUGCAGGCAGUAAGAAACUGAAGGAUGAAGACGAUCAUAACAACGUAGAUUCAUCAGAGAAAGUAUCUAGCGACUCUAAGGAUGGAUCUCUCCGUAAGAGAAAGACUUCUGCAGGUGAUGCUGCUGAUAAGAAAUCAGAUUCAGUCGCAGAAACUACAUCUGAUGGAAAAUUGGAAAAAACAGAACAUGUGGAGACGCAUUCAAGCCUAGUCUUUGGUUACCUCAACUUGUUCUCUGAUGGUGUUCACAAUUUUACUGAUGGAAUGGCGUUAGGAAGUGCGUUUCUCAUCUACGGAUCAGUUGGUGGAUGGUCAAGAACUAUGUUCCUACUAGCUCAUGAGCUUCCCCAAGAGAUUGGUGAUUUCGGUAUUCUUGUGAGGUCAGGCUUCACCGUAACAAAAGCACUCUUCUUCAACUUCCUCUCUGCACUCGUCGCACUUGCAGGAACUGCAUUGGUUUUGGUCUGGGGAAAUGAACCGGGACAGUCCUCGUUGAUUGAGGGAUUCACAGCGGGAGGAUUCAUAUACAUAGCUGUUGCUGGUGUUCUUGCUGAGAUGAACAAUUCUGGAAAAUCGACACUUAGAAGCAGUGCGUGCCAUUUGAUAUCGUUGAUUCUUGGCAUGAGUGUUGCUCUUGUCAUCUCUCUUCUUGAAUGAUCUCUCGGAACAUUUGAUUUUUGUAACUUCUGAACUCAAAUUACACAGUUUUAUAUAACACAAACUGAAACUCAUUUACGUUUAUAACCAGAGAUUGAUAGCAAGGGCGUACAAUCCGGUUACGGUUCGGUUUUUGGUUUUGAGUUUUUGUUUUCUUCUCGAA